AUGGAUGAUCCACUCAAUUUCUGUCCAGAAGAAUUUGCUGGUGUGAAAGAGGCGCUGGAAAAUAAUGAUCAAGCUGCAGCAGCUGCAAAAAUUCAGCAAUAUUUAGAAAAGCAAGAUAAAAUUCCACUAAAUAUUGGCAUUACAGGAGAAUCUGGUGCUGGUAAAUCCACCUUUAUUAAUGCCUUCAGAGGUGUAGACAACAGAGAUGAGCAGGCAGCCCCUACUGGUACUGUAGAAACCACCAUGCAGAUUACAAAGUACCCACAUCCAAACUAUCCUAAUGUCUUUUUCUGGGAUCUUCCUGGUAUUGGCACCACCAAUUUUCCAGCUGAUGAGUACCUGAAGCGUGUUGAAUUUGAGAAGUUUGACUUCUUCAUCAUCAUCUCAGACACUCGCUUCAGAGAACAUGAUGUGAAACUCGCUCAGGAGAUUCAGAAGAUGGAGAAAAAGUUCUACUUUGUCCGCUCAAAAAUCGACAAUGAUGUUCGUGCAGAGGAAAGAAGUCAGAGAGAUUUCAGUCUAGAGAGAAGUCUUGCAAAAAUUAAGGAAUACUGCAUUGAUGGUCUUGAAAAAGGAGGCAUCAAGUCUUCAAAGGUCUUCCUGGUGUCCAGCUUUGAUCUCCACAUUUAUGAUUUCUCUUGCUUGCAUAAGACCUUAGAGGAAGAACUUCCAGCACACAAGAGGAAUGUGCUGCUGUUUUCCAUGCCCAGCAUCAACAUGGAGAUCAUCAACAAGAAGAAAGAAGCUUUUCAGCACCAAAUAAAAUGGUACUCUGUUGGCUCUGCAGCAUUAGCAGGUGUAUCGAUUCCUGGGAUUCCUGCUGUUGAUCUAAUGAUAAUGGUUAAAGCUGUCAAAAGUUAUAUAGCUGGGUUUGGUCUUCAUGAGUCUUCACUGAGAAGGCUUUCCUCCACCACAGGUGUGCCUUAUGAUGAAUUGUGUGCUGUCCUUCAGUCACCACUGGCUGCAAAAGAAAUGGAAAAAAUAACCACUGAUCUCAUCCAGAAGCUGCUGAUCACAGCUGCAAGCAGAGCCACAUCAAGAGCAUUAGAGAUGUCCAGAUUCAUCCCAUUAUUUGGAAUCCCGGUAACAAUGAGUCUCUCUUUUACCACAACCUGCAGUGCUCUGAGUCUUUUCCUCAACAUGCUUGCAGACGAUGCUCAAAGGGUGUUUGAAAAGGCUCUGGGUUUGAACACCUCAGUGUGA